UGUGUCCCUCGCGACCGAAGCCCCGCCCCCCGGCUUAUUCUCCAGAAACACACACAAGUGUGAUUGUGUUUGGCUUCGGGCUCACAACUCGCUCAGCAUCUUUCUCGGCUGCCUUCGCUCCACCGGCGACACGGAGGCAGCUUCUCCUUCCCGUUUGUGCACUUUGAACAACUCUUCUCGGCCGCACAUGAAGUCAACAUGACGUUCAGGAGGAUGAAGAAAGUGAACUCGGGCGCUCCGGAGAACGGACCCGCUGCGCACGACGACAUUUAUUUCCCCUCGUCCAAGUCCGACAGCUGCAGGACCGUGGACCCACCGACGAACUCCUCGGAGGUUUACAACUACAAGACCUUGGCUUAUUCUGGCGGGACCCUGCCCAGAAACUUCAAAAAGGGCGGCGGGGUGCAGAAGUGGAAACCCCUAACGCAGUCACCGGAACCGCAGAGAAAGUUGGUGGUUCUGGAAAAAAACGAGGAGGAGACUUAUGGUUUCGAGAUCCAGACCUACGGCCUCCACCAUCAGGACCAGAACUCGGUGGAGAUGUGCACGUUUGUGUGCAAGGUCCACGAGGACUGCCCGGCGCAGCGAGCAGGACUUAAAGUGGGGGACACCAUCGCGAGCGUGAACGAGACCCCCGUGGAGGGAUUUCGACACAAGGAGAUCGUCCAGCUCAUCAGAGCCUGUGGUAACACAAUCAGGCUGGAGACGGUUUACAGCGACUCGAUCCGAAAAGCGGAGCUGGACGCGCGGCUGCAGUUCCUGAAGCAAACGCUUCAUGAGAAAUGGGAUGAGUAUCGGUCGCUGAUGGUGCAGGAGCAGAGACUGGUUCAUGGGAUAGUGAUGAGUGACGCCGCGCUGUACGAGUCCCUGGAGUCGGCCGGUAUCUACGGCAGCCUCGGCGCCCCCAGCCCGGCCGCGCAGAGGGCGCUCCGCGGCACCGGCAGCACCAGCAGCAGCGCCAGCUUCCUCAGCACGGCCACCGAGGACGACCCGCUGUACCAGACCUGCCUGUACCAGGCGGACAGCGGCACCGAGCUGGACGCCGGCGGCAGGAAGAAGGAGCAGCCGCAGACGCAGACGCAGGCGCAGACGGCGCCGCGGCCGCAGCGGCUGCGGCCGGCCAGCGAGUUCUUCAGCACGGCCAAAAUGCAGCUGACCCGCAGCGCCAGCACGCGCAGCUACAUGAGGGAGCCCACGCCCGCGGCGCCGGAGAAGCAGGCCGGGCUCGGCCCGCUCCAGAGGAAGCCCAAGCAGAAAAGCUUCCGCCGGCGCCUCCUCAAGUUCAUCCCGGGCCUGAACCGGCCGCUGGAGGAGGAGGAGAGCAAGCUGUGAGCGGCCGCUCGCCUCGAGUUCACGGGAACAGAACCAAAGACUUAAAGACACCAGUCACUGUCAAACACAGUCACCAAAGAACAGUGAAAACUACCAAAAGACUGAAAAGACUGAGACCAAAGUAUAAAAGCUCUACAGCCUCUAUCUCAUUGAAUUGGGCUGCGCUCAGUAGCUCCCAGUGUUUCACUUCUGUACAUAACCUUAGUUCCACUGUUUGUUUAAGUUAUUUAUUUAUUUCAAUGCUUCGUUCACGUACAGAAGGAGGCAUUUCCUCAGUUUUUACUGCAUGCGCGACUCUCGUUUUGUCAGUUGAGUAAAUGGUCACAACGUUUUGUAGGUUUUGCUUUAAAACAAAUCGAUCAUGUCCUAUUUUUUUUUUUUUUUUUUCUGUUCAAGUCACAGAAUCCUAAAAAUAAAACACGGCGUUUUCAGAUUA